CUCCAGUCCCAAGCAUCGUCAACACUAUCAUUCGCCAACGAUCAGCGAUCCUGCAAUAUCAGACACCUAUACUACAAGAAUCAAGCCUCUCGCAACGCACAUAAUCUGUAGCCAUGGAGGAAGAGCGCCUUUGGAAGUUUCGACGGCCUGAGUGGCUUAACACGGUUUGGGCCCGAAAUGCUGGUGUCUACAGCGCCGGAGCUAUUUUCUCCAUCGCCUUUUACAUCAUGCUCGAUUCCGCAGUUUGGUCCAAGUCAUCACGCAACGGCUCCGAUAUCCAUGUCAAGUUUGUUGACUGGCUGCCCUUUAUCUUCUCUAGCUUGGGCAUGCUUAUCAUCAAUUCAGUCGAAAAGCAACGCCUAAGCGCCGAUUCCUUCAGCUACAGUGGAAAUGGGGUAGCGUGGAAGGCUCGCGUGGUCCUGUUCUUAGGUUUUGCUGCUCUCGCUGGUGGAAUGGCUGGUGGUGUCACCGUCUUUGUUCUCAAGUUUGUUGUGCCCAGCGUCGCUAUGCCUGCUCUGGGUAUGGGAAUUGAGAAUGUGCUCAGUAACGCUCUUGUUGGCGUUAGCUCCGUCGUCCUUUGGAUCAGCCAGAACAUGGAAGACGAGUACUCUUACAACCUCUCCCUGUAGGAACACCGCAAACCGACCGGAAGAAACUUUCGAAUUCGGAUGAUGCUGGGGCGUAUUGAUGGGUUAGGCUGCAUUCUUGGAGA